AUGAUUUUAUCUGAAAGAAACAAGCCUAACAUGCUUUUGCAUAGAAAAUACAAGCAAAUUUCAUUAUCUUAAGUUUUGAAGAAGCCACUUAUAAUAAAAUCAUUACCACCGAUAUUGGUUAUGUCUGUUUAGAAACCACUGAAGAGCAACAAAUAAAAAUCAGAGAAUUUUUAAUCACAGAGACUUUCCUAACCAUCUAUUUUGAAUAAAUUUAAUGGCCUUGGAGCAGUUGGUUAAUCAUAUACACCAAUUGAAAAAUAUCUUAUAUAAUAGCAGAUAGUUUUAAUGAACAGUAAAAAAAUAGACAUUCAAGAUAAAGCAAAAUAAACUAGUUAUAGAAAAAUAAAUGUUAAACCUCUACAGAUUAUAACAAAAAAAUGUUGUACAGAGGAAGAAAUUCGAAUUGAUAAACUUAAUAAAUGGUCUUAGACUACCUUUGAUGAAGACUAGUUACUUGAAUAUUUAAAUAACUGA